AUGUGGAAAUGCCAUAAGUGCCACAAACCCGUAUAUUUCGCUGAACGGAAACAGUCUUUGGGCUACAACUGGCAUCCCGAGUGUCUAAGAUGUGAAGAAUGUGGAAAACGUUUGAAUCCUGGACAGCAUGCAGAACACAAAGGUGUUCCCUAUUGUCAUGUGCCUUGUUAUGGGGCUCUUUUUGGCCCUCAAUUGUUUGGACAUGGAACACGCGUUGAAUCUCACAAGAGUUUUGGUGCCCAGAAGGAUACAUCAAAAACAAAUAAUGGCCCUGUUCUACCUAGGUCUCAUUUGGAAUCCAAAAUAAAGGUCUACAACAACUUUUUCGAAGGCAAAAGCGGCGAGAUCCGCUGCCGCGAGGUGAACGGCCGUUUCAUCCUCGAGGGCCCCCUUCGCAUCCAUUGGGGCGUCCACGGGGUGAUCCAUCUCAAGGAGAACGACGACCAGAGGACAGUCGUCACCGUCCGGAAGCGGAACUCCUACCGAUCGCCCAGCCCGGACUACGAUACCGACGAAGACAUCCAGAACAUAUCCAGGGACACCAGCUGCAACGACAUAUCCACGGAUGCCAGCUGCAACGACAUCUCCACCUGCUCGGACGAGCCCACCAGCAAGUCGGAGAGCGGCAUUUCGAGCAGCGCUGACACCAGUCUGAGCCUAACCGAAACCCCCAACUCGCCUCAUAUCCCCCUGCCGAAAAGCGUUACUUUGCCGUCCAAAUUGGACGUGAAGAAUAUGGAGUGGGACGAGUUGGACGAGCUGUUGCAGGUAGAGAGGAGGAUCGACGUUACCGAGAACGUUUAUCAGACUAUGCCUGUCACUUUGCCCUCGCAAAUCAGCACGGAGAGCAAUAGUUGUUCAACCUACAGCAAUAGUGGAAGUACGAAGACAGAAAGUUUGUCGGAAUUAACCAGUAUCAUCACAUCAACCGACGAAUCCACCCUACGUGCCCCAAUCAUCACCAACGGAACCAGCGAAGAAAAACAACCGCUCCUAUCCACCUCCACCUCUAAAGACGAAACCACUUCCACAACCAAGACUGUCUCCAACAAAAUCGAUUCAUUUUCCAGUAGAGACGAGACCCUCAAAGGCGACAGUUGGGCUUCGCAGGGCGCUUACUUGAAUCACCUGAAUCGAUCCAUGUCGGGGCCGGAUUGUUUGGGCAGAGUCAGGGAUCCGCACUCUCCUGAAUUUGAUAGUCUCAGCAUAACUAGUGCUGAUGCAUCCACUGUGUCUGAACAGGCUGAGGAGGUGGUACUACGUAGGCCACACAAAGGUUCAACGGCAAUAAAGAGGAGAACUGGAAAAAGACUGUCGAGAAGUAAGGUUAAGAGAAGGUGUUCUAUCAACGGCCAUUUCUAUGACAGAGAAACUAGUUUUUUCACCCCUCCUCACGGCAGUCAAAUGAGCGUGUGGGUGACAUCUCUAGUGAACACCAGUGAUGUCAUAAAUCUGAUACUCGAAAAAUACAAAGUCGAAAGCGAUCCACAGAAUUUUGCUCUGUUCGUUGUCAGAGAUAACGGAGAGCAGCGUAGAUUGAAAGACGAGGAAUAUCCGCUUCUAGCUCGCGUUCUACUGGGUCCUCACGAGGACGUGGUCAAAGUGUAUCUGAUGGACAGCCACAGCACUCCCGAAGUCAGUAGCGAAGUGGCGCAGUUUUUGAAUCUGUCACUUGUAGAAUGCCGGGCCAUACUAGGCCAGUAUUAUUCUCAAGAGGAAAAGGAAGUGGCUCGAAUAAAAGAGAAGUAUGAAGAAAUGAAAUAUCGAAUUUUACAUAGGAUGAAACAAUUGAAAGCUACUUCAUGA